AUGCAAACUUCUACCACUCUUUUACUAGCACUGGCUGCAAUCCAACCAUUCUGUGCAUCAUCUGUCACCGCAGGAAGUUCUCAAGACCUAACCUUUGAUGAUAUCAUCGGAGACUUUAGCCGAUCUAUCAGCACCAGAAUAUCAAACGUCUUGCGGCACUCGGCGGACCCAGUCAGUUUGCAAGAUGUGGAGUUUAUCCAGCAAAUACCGUCAGUUGCAUUUGAUGAGAACUGCACCGACGCGGGCACAGUCAUAUACAGGUUUGGAUCAUUGACUGGCCUCGGAACCUUUGAACUAAGCAAUAUGAUUAUAGUUUCAGACGACAGUGUCAUUUCGAGCGUUCCGUUCAGUGGUUUCGACUGGGAAGGUACAUUCCUCGCCGAUGGCGUCCUACCCAACGGAUUGGAAGUGUUCAUCGAGGUGGAGCUUUCGGGGGAUGCCUGUGGUGAAGGCGUGCAUCAGACGAUGUCUGGUUUCCUCGUAAGCUUUAGCCCCACAAGGCUCAGCAUAGACUUGCAAGCCAGUGGCAACUCGAAAGAGGUUGCAUUCUCCGACGAAAUCUCCAACCGAGUCCGAGAAGUCCAGGUGGAACGAGCAGAACUAUCUGUGGACUCACUGACAUCUAACGUUGUCUUUGCCAACGGCGUUGACUUGGACGUGAAUGCAUUUCUGCCGGAUCUGUUGGACCGUGCCAUUGCCGAUGAACUUGGUCCUACCAUUCUGGGGAUUUUGAAUACUGCAAUAGUCGGACCCUUCACCUUUUAA